AUGACUCGAUUAUUGAUGCGUGCGUUAAAAUCAAAUUUUAAAAAAUUAUCACCUAAAAGCAAAGGAACCGAACCAACCUUGAGAACAAUUUUGUGUAUGGGAAAAGCCAUUCAAGCAAAUGAUUGCAUAAUGAAACAAAGUUUUAUGUAUAAAGAAAAACGCCAACCCCAACGUAGUCAAUUUUGCACAAAAACUCCGAGUCGUAAUGGUUCAAAAUACCUCAUCCAGUUAUUAACCGGUUAUACCAAAGUUGAAAGUGUGACUUAA